AGUAGGAGAACAUAACUCCUCAGUUUGGAAGGUAAUAUUUAAAUCAACCUUAAACGAACAUGUUCGAACUCUCAGCUCACGAACAAAAAUACCGUAAAACUCGAAUUCAAAAAUACAUCUGAGCACGAAAUCAAACACAAACUCGGCACGUUAACUUAGUUGAAUCAAGUCGAACAAACUUUUUUCUGAAUCAAAACUCGAAUACCUCGCGAGGUGUUGUCGCGGGGGCGUGGAAGUGGCAAAGGAUAUAUCGCGAUUUUAAAGUACUUGUCCAGAUUGGCCAACCCAAAUCUGACCGGGGAGAUAGAGAGCGAAAGGUGCGAAGACGAUGGCGGCUGUCGUAGGGGACGUGGAAGUGGUAGAUUUCGAGCCCGACGAGGAUGAUCUCAUGGACGAGGAUGUUGGCGCCGCUGAGGCCGACCCCUCUCCUGUCCCCAAGCUCCGAUCAACGGUUGCCGGAAGCGGCUCCUCUGGGUUAGGAGCCAGGAAGACCAAAGGCCGCGGCUUCCGAGAGGAAGCAGGUCCCGAUCGCGGCGGUCGACUGUCUGCUAGGGAUUUCGAUUCCCUCGACUCCGAUGGAGGCCCCGGGCCGCAGCGGUCUAUUGAGGGCUGGAUUGUGUUGGUAACUGGAGUUCAUGAAGAGGCACAGGAAGAUGAUUUGCACAAUGCCUUUCGUGAAUUUGGUCAAGUGAAAAAUUUGCAUUUAAAUCUUGACCGCCGUACUGGUUUUGUUAAGGGUUAUGCUCUGGUUGAAUUUGAGAACUUUGAUGAAGCACAAGCUGCAAUUAUGGCACUUAAUGGAACUGAGCUCCUUACUCAAGCAAUUUUUGUUGAUUGGGCCUUUAGCAAAGGUCCUAUGAAGCGUAGAAACACAAGGAGAAGAUCCCCACGAGCUCAUCGUUCAAGGAGUCCUCUGAGGAGGAGAUAUUGAAUCUGCUUUGCUUGACAAGCUGUGAUUUUGGAUGCUAUCCUCCCAUUACAUUUCAUUCUACUAAAAUUUGAUUGGAAGUAUAUCACUGCAGAUCCUGAAAGUUGGACUAUAGAAAUUUGAAGAGUAAUUUUGCCUGCGUUCCCUGUCUAAUUCUACCUUGCCUGCUUUAGAUAUUCCCUGAAAACCGAGUAAUUAACUGUGUGCCAAGGCUGUUCUAAUUUAUGGUUGCUAUGGCUAAUCGUAAUGUUUUCAUUGAUCUCUGUUGUCAUACACAAUGACGAGAUCUUUCCGACCAAUGAGAUACUUGUUUGUUUGUUUUUUUUUUUUUUAUCUCCAGUGGGCUGUCUCAAGUUACCUAAUUCAACAUUUCGAUUAGUGUACUGGUUUGGUUAGCAGAACAAUCACAACGUUUUACUAUUGCAAUGAAUUGAUGAUCCAA